CAACAGCAAGGGAGAAAAGGAGAAUCCCAGGAAAAGGAACAAACAACUGAAAGACAGACAGGAAAUUACCCACCCAGUGAGUCCGGCAAAUUAAGCACACCUCUGGGUCUGUCGAGCAACAGCCGCAGGGCAAGACAAUGAAAUGAAUAAGUUGGCACCAGGGGCAGGAGAGGGGCACCUUGGUUAUAAAGAGCACAGCUGAGCGGCACAAGGGGGAAAGGGGCAGGAUUUUAGAAACGGCCUGCAUAAGGGGGGAAAUAAGGGUAAGUCAGAAAGUACGUGGAAGAGUAGCACAAGUAUGAUACAGUUUGGGUGGUACUGAGGUGGUCUUACAGUACAAGUUAGGGAAAGAGACAGCCCAGCAACACCAGCACAAGAAAAGGUAAGGCUAAGAGAGUAAAAUAGCAAUAGAGUACCAGGCUGGCAAUAAGGACCCAUUGUUACUGCAUGAAGGAGUUAUAGGUGGGUAUGCAGUAUAUACCUUUACAAGGACUAGGGAAAUGAAAGAGCUGAAAAGAGGAAGAAGCCAAAGAUACUAAAUCCAAAAAUUUGCCCUGACAUAUUCACAAUCUAACAGACAAAAGGUUAGAUUAAAUAUGACUUCACCCAGUCCAAAAGCUUUGCCAACAUUUUACCUUCUGUUACCUCUUCUGGUUUGGAUGGUCGGCCACUCAUUGUGCUACAAGCCAGUCAUUGUGAUUCAUGGAUUGUUUGACAGCUCAGCCAACUUUAAGAAUCUCUUGCAGUAUAUCAAUGAGUCUCACCCAGGAACCAAUGUCACAGUAUUGGACCUGUUUGAUAACAAGGAGAGUUUGCAGCCUCUGUGGAAGCAGGUGCAAGGUUUCAAAGAAGCAAUCUAUCCAAUAAUGCAAAAUGCAGGCAGGGAUGGAGUGCACCUGCUAUGUUACUCCCAGGGAGGGUUGAUUUGCCGUGGUCUUUUGCAGACCAUGCCAGACCACAAUGUGGAUACUUUUAUUUCUCUCUCUUCCCCACAAAUGGGCCAGUAUGGAGACACAGAUUAUCUACGGUAUCUGUUCCCCAAAUAUGUGAAAUCCAACUUGUACCGAUUGUGUUACACACAGCUGGGUCAGACCUUUUCCAUCUGCAACUUUUGGAAUGAUCCACAUCACCAUGGUAUAUACGUAAAUGUUAGUGAUUUUCUUGCCCCGCUGAACUCCGAAAGGCCAGAGCCCAAUGCCACAGACUGGAAGAAGAAUUUCCUGCGCCUCCGUAAAAUGGUUCUUAUUGGGGGCCCUGAUGAUGGGGUUAUUACCCCAUGGGAGUCUAGUCACUUUGGGUUUUAUGAUGAAAAUGAAACAGUUUUGGAAAUGAAAUAUCAAAUGGUGUACCAAGAUGACACGUUUGGACUUCGCUCAAUGGAUUACCGAGGAGCAGUCUCUGUAUAUUCUGUGCCAGGGGUUGCUCACACUAUGUGGCAUUCAAACCAGACAGUUUUCAACAACUGCAUUGAAAAAUGGCUUACUUAAAACUUUGUGGUGUAUUGCUGCUAUGAUAGGGUUAAUCCACAGCAAAAGGAUGCUAUAUUUCUGGCCUUUAUCUGCACCACCAAUUUACAUCAAUAGAGAUGUGCUCCAUAUAUUGGUAUUCUAUCUUCCCAAGCCUACUAAUAUUCUUGCUCUGCAAACAAUUCAAUUUUCCCAAUCUCUAUCACACUCUCUUUUUUAUUAAUAAAAUAAGAGUCACCUAGCUAUAUGACACAGUCCCAUUUAAAACCGUCAUCUUUACCUGCAAAUGAAUUUACAUACUACUUCCCCAACUGCAGAUGCCUUUUAUCAUUCAAUCUGUCUCCUCAGUUUUUAUCCGCUGCUGUCCUUCAGUUACAGGGUGCCUCGCCAAAUGAAUCCAUAUCUCUGCCUAUGUCUCUCUUAGCAUACAGAUCCUGAGUACGCUUUUUAUGAAACUAUAAAUGAGAUAUAUAAAUAUGUGCUCAGCAAUAUCUGCUGGUGAGCAGUGAUGUUUACAAAGGACAUUCAUUUUUAACACUGAAAACAUUACAUUUUGGGGUAUAUUUAUCAUGCUGUGUAAAAAGUGGAGUAAAACAUCACCGGUGUUGUUGUAUACAGCAGCCAAUCAGAUGCUUUGAUUUGAUUUUCUAACUGUUGAAAUCUAAUUGCUGAUUGGUUGCUCUGGGUAACAUCACCAGUACUGCUUUACUCCGUAGUCUGUUGGUCAUCAAGUGGGGAAAAGAUUGCAUCUAAUGAAGAACUACUUGUGCUGGAAGAUUGGGGAAAUGGAACAGCAGAAUCUCCAAUCUUUCAAAAUUCUUGAAAUCCUAAAUCACUUACAAAUUUCAUUAAGGUAUCAGUCUGCUCUGAUUAAAUCAGAUCUGACAGCUUUAUUAAAAAUGGAGAUGCUGUCAAACUCCACACAUUGCAAGGAGAGAGAAAUCAGUUACAUCCCAAAUAAUGUGCAGGUUGGGUAACUUAUGAGGAAGUAGGGAUGCAUACCAGUGCAACACAUUAAGAAUACAGUGAUCUGGAGUAUGUUCAUUACACAGCAGUGAGAGAGCUCCUAUUGUUACCAUGAUAUCCAUGGUACUGGCCACAUAUAUGUAUGUGUGCUCCUGUAUUGUAAUGUGAGUAGACGUUGCUUUUAAGAUGCUUAAACUGUAUAACACUAUUAUAUGCUCUUGUGUUUUUUUACGGCUGUGGAUAUGAUAUGCUAACUGCAGACUACAUGCUUCUGAUGACUUCUUGAAAUUCCUCAAAUGUGAGACCACAACUUGCAUAUUGUAUAGGGUGUGCUGACAUCUAGCUGCUUUGCUAGUGAGCAAAGAUAGCUUUCUAGAAUUGAUCCAAACUGUAUAUGGUACUCUGUGAAGAAGACAUAGGCUAGAAAGGGCUAACUACAACUCCUAGCAUUCUCCAGCUGGCAUACACUUUAUCCCUUCCAUGUUAUCCCAACAUACUGGUUUUCUAUCCAAAUAUCGGCCACAUCUUCUGCUUAGGUUUUGACACUGAAACAAACAAGGCAGUCAAAUUUGAGAUAGAAUGGUUCUGAUAUACAAUUUUAUGCACAAUUAGGGGUCCAAAAUAUAAUACUUUAAAUAUGGAAGGACUUUCUACCUCUGAAUCACAAACUGUACCAAGAAUAACAAAAAGGUGUGCAGAAUCAUUUUAAGGAGCUUCAAGUUCCUUCAUUGAAAAAUGGGUUUUAUGGUUGGAAAUAGGUCUAUAACCCCUUGAAAGCAUCAUUUAAAGUAUGGAGUAUUUUCUUCAUAAUCUAGAAUUAGUGCCCAUGGUACCCAAGAAUUAUUGAAAAGGGAAAUGUGAAGAGUUCCCUAAGUGCUGCAAUAGACAAGCCCUCUGCAAUGCAACAACACCUUCUUACCACAGGCCUGUAUUUUAAGUGGCAGGGUGGGUGGUGAUUUUUGUACACAAUAUUUUUAACACUCCAGGAAGCUCUUGUUCAUGCAGGAUCAGACUGGGAAGCUCAGGAUGUGGAAUAUUUAUGUAUUUAUAACAAUGAAAGUCAUAGCGUCAGCAGUGAUGAAAAAAAUGCACAAAAGCCGACGCAUAAUGAAGGAUUGUGUUUAAUAAUUGUGUGAAAUUCUGUAUACUCCCUAACUGCUUUCCUGCAGGGAAGUCUUUUUGGAGUAUAUAUGCUUUCUUCCAGGGACAUGUUUACUGCCUACUGUAUAGUUGUACUGGUCAUGUUAUUCAACUUUUUUAUUCGUUGUUGUGUUCAAUAAAACAUUUCUGCAUUAAA